AUGCUGGUCGACGACGAUAAAACGAAUCAAUCGGAAACGCGCGUCAUCGGCGGCAGUGGUUUACUGCGAUUUCGUGAAAGCAACAUGCCAUAUUUCGCUUUACGACUUAAAAAAUUUGCUGAGCAACGAAGAAAAGUGCCUUCGAAACGCAAUAUGGACUCGCCGCCGCUAUUGAUGCUUUGGUACACCGGUGACAUUAGCAAGUCCGAUGGAAAACUGUUAAAUUCGAACUACAAUGAUAAAAACAGCUCGCAUUAUUACAAGUCAACGGUGAUUCAUGCAUGGAAAGAUCGAGAGGAAAAAGAGCUCAGGAUCUCGAUGAUCAAAAGGAUUUCAAGGAUUCAAGAAGUGGCAUUCGGAGACAUUCGUCUUGUCCGAUACGCCAUUGAUGUUGUGGGCCUAUCAUCAUAUUGUUUUCUGCAGAAAGUUUAUGGGAUUGUCCGUGACAGAACAUCGCGAUUGAGGAAAACAGAACUUGUGCGAUAUACCGAUCGAAGAAGCAUAUGCAGUCAACUCAAAGGUCUUUGGUCAUGGAACCCUCAUGGGAUGCUCUUUGCACAUCCCGUUGCCGUUGUCAGCGAAAUUAAAAACCCUGGAACACCG